AUGCCCGCCUCCCGGACUUUCCUCGCCGCCCCCGAGUUGGGUCAGAGUGGGGUCUUGGGGUCUCCCCAUAGUCCCCCUCCCUGCAAAGCCAAGCGCCGCUUCGACAUCGAGUCCUUGCUGUCGGAGCCCGACCCGCCCCGACGGGGAGGAGGAGGAGGGAUGCCUUGGCCCGCCUGGCCCUUGGCCUGCCCUCCCGGAGAAGCCGGACUGCCCUUCGCCGGACUCUUCCUGGCCCCCGGCCCCGGAGACACCCUCCGCCCCAACGCCCUGCCCGCCUGCCUCAGCACAGGUCUGGACUUGUCCGGCUGCUUCCUCGCUCACCAUUCCCUGGCGUCUCCCCUGCCGUGGAGACCUGGCCCCCCCUGCAAGAUGAAGAGGGUCCGCACCGUCUUCACCCCGGAGCAGCUGGAGCGCCUGGAGAAGGAGUUCCUCAAGCAGCAGUACAUGGUGGGCACCGAGCGGGUGGACCUGGCCGCCAACCUCCACCUGACGGAGACCCAGGUGAAGGUUUGGUUCCAGAAUCGGCGCAUCAAGUGGCGCAAGCAAAGCCUGGAGCAGAAGGAGGCGAAGCGGGCGCCUCGAGGGACACCACCACCACCAGCUACCUCUGAAGAAAAGGACAGUGGUGAAAAUGACAUUGAAGUUGAGGAUUAG